AUGGGGUUUACACGAUUUCUCAUCUUCGCGCUGGCCGCCGCCACUGCGGAAUCUAGUUGCUCAACAGGCAAGAAUCAAAGCAUCAUCGUCCACGAGGCCCCUCAGACUAUCCGCCCCUAUGUCAUGCCAAAGUACAAGGGUCGUGCCGUCCUGCUGUCCAAGACGGAAGUGGUCCGAUUUGCCAUCACGGCAAACUCAAGCGACGGGGCCUUCUCCAUGAUCCAGCACAACGGAAAACUAACCGGCUACGCAUCCGCGCGCUUCCACACGCAUCGCAACGUCCACGAGCACGUGUACUGUGCCCGAGGAAGGGUUGAGCUCUGGGCCCAAAAGAACACAACCGACUCUAUCCAAGAGGCGCGCGUGGCCACACUAGGAGACUACGGAAACUUGCCCAUUGGCAGCAUCCAUACCUUUCAGCUCAUCGACCCUGACACGCAAUUGACGCACAUUUUCCACCCGGCUGGCUUUGAGCAUCUGUUUGACUUUUACAGUGUCGGGGACUUUGAAUCGAUGGGUGUUGGUUCGCCCUAUGUUCCGCAUAUUGAGGACGAAGCGCCUUUCGGACCGCUCACGCCCGAGUUGAAGACAGAGUUGGCCUCGUUGGACUUGUACGAGAGCGAGCAGUUUGUCCCGCGGAGGGAUCUUAUCAACGGAACCGCCGGCGAUAGCAAACUGAACUGGCAUAAUGGUCCAAACGAGCUGCCGACCACCUAUGGCGAACCGUACUUUAUCGCCAAAGAUCACGGUAAAAAGUUUCUGAAUACGGAAACUGGAUACAAGAUUAUUCAGCCCCUGACUAACGAGGCCACUGAGAAGAAUUUCACCCUCGGCACUGUCAUCAUGUCACAAAAGCUAGCCAACGAAUCCGCCACAACAACCACUCUACCGCACCAUUUCGCCUUACAAAUGGAAGACGGCCAGCUCAUUCUGAAAGUGGAGGGAUAUGAAAGCACGGCGAUGCUUCAUGGAGACGUGGCGUUUAUCCCUGCUGGAACCAAAUUCAGCUAUCAUGCUGCCGUCCCCUUUACCAAAUUCCUGUAUAUGAAUGACGGUUAUGAAGGCCUAGACCAUCAGCUCCUAGAGAACGCCAUGCCUUGGGAAUUACCCGCUUACCCGCCGUACGCUGGUUUCAAGGCCAAGGCAUAG